CCCCCUCUUCGCCUUCUCUCCUUCAAUUCCCUCCCUCCCAUUCGAUCUGCUCUUGCACCGAUGUCGAGCUCGCCGCCGGAGCGACGGGGAAGGGGAGGCGAGGAGGAGGGCGGGGAGGACGCCGCGGUCGCCCGAACACGCACCGGUGUUGGCCUCGGCCGCCGCCGCGCCGGGGAUCCCUCAUCGUCGCGGCUGAGGUCCGCCGACGCGGUCUGGCCGGAGCACUUCGUCGAGGCGGUUGCCGCCCAGGUCGCCGUCGACGCCGCGCGCUCCGCCGGGAGGUUGGCCGCCGCUCCUGCCGUCGUCUCCGUGUUCCAGGUCUGCUCCUCGUGGAGAAGCGUUUCCCGGUCGGAGCUCCUGUGGAAAGAUCUCUGCCGCCGCGUGUGGUCUCGCCGGCGUCGCGCGCUCCCGUCCUGGCGGGACGAGUUCAUCCGCCUCCACCGCACCGCCGCUAACUUCCGGGCCCGCCGCUCCGCGCACUCUCACUUGCUUCCUCCUUCCGAUGCCGUCAUCUCCUGCCGCCGUCUCGCCCUCUCCGACCACCACCUCGCUGCCGGCUUCGUUGACGGCUCGGUUCGCCUGUUCGAUCUCCCUUCCGGACGGGCGCUCGCCACCUACUCGGCUGACCCUCAUCGCGACCGCCUCGGCCGCUUCUCUCAGGCCAUCUCGGGCAUCGUCCUCCUCGCCGACGACCGCCUCGCCUUCGCUUCCCAGGACGGAGACGUCCACAUGGCGAGCCUCGGCGCCUCCGGUUCCGUCCGGCGAGCCCACGUCGGGAACCUGAUGGAGGACGGGACGUUGGUGGACUUCACCGGGAACUCGCGGUGGUGGGUUGGCUUGUUGGCCGGCGUUCCCGGCCGGUCGUGGCGCGUCUGGGACGCCGCCAGCGAGCAGCUGGUGUUCGUGGGCGGAACCUUGACGGACUCCGACGCCAUCCUGGGAUGGCACAUGCUCACCGACUUGUCGAGUCCGGUGGUCGGCCGCGCGAAGAUCGUGGAGCCGGGACUCGUGGUGGGGUGCACAGCUUCGACCAUGGAGGUCAUGGACCUCGACGACACCGGUACGAUCCUGAACCAGCUUCAGCUCCGGCACGGCGUGGUGGUGGACUCGGUGGACGCGAGCGAGGGCCGGGUAAUGGCCGUGGACACGCGAGGACUGGCGAAGGUGUGGGAGGUGCCGAGGUUGCAGGAGAUUUGCAGGUUCAGCACGGUGAGGAGGGCGGAGGGACGGCAGCAGGGUGCGGCGGGUGUGCAAGGGUGCAUGAACUGGGGUUACGCGGUGGUGUGCUCCGCCCAUGGCGGAGUACGCGUGUGGGACGCAACCACGAGCGAGUACUUAUACAGCUUCAGGGAGCGGAUAGGAGAGGCAGCCGCGUCGGUGGCCGGCGAUCGUUACGUGGCUGCUUGGGCCGACGAGACCGGGUUGCACCUGUGGGAUUUUGGAGCCUUGUAGGGGGAGGAACCCAAGCACAGGAGUCUGGUUGAUGUAGAUAGAGAACUGGCCAUGGCUUAUGUUUGUGUUGUUGCUCAGGCUUGGGGGAGGCCAGGUGGUAUCGUACUGUGAUGGCCACCACAGGCAGGACUGCAAGAAUGUA